AGUAGUAUGGUUUUAGACACUAACAUAUCCAUCUUGUUUAACUCACAUCUUGCUCUUUUAUUAAUGAGAUGGCGUCUACGGAGACCCUUCGACCACAGAAAAGCUGACUUCAGUCCAACAUGUUCCUCCAGAUAAUUGCACAAUUAGCAUGUUGGUCAGUGAAAGCCUGUUCCCCUCUGGUGCCCACAUGCUAUACAGUCCAAAUUCUGAGAAAAGGCGGAUUAAAGUGGCCCUAAUCCUCUUCCAUACAUUUUAGAUAAACGUACAAUGAAAAUUCCCCAAAAGGAGAAGAAUUUUUUUUUAAAUUGAAUAAAGAUUUAUUCAAUUACUCAAUUUCCAGAUCAAAGUGAACUGAGUGUAAAACGUUAACCCGUCCAGUGAAACACUGAACUCAAUCACGACUUUCCGGCCGACGUCGCAGACGAACAGAUCACAAAACAACACAGAAAUGUCUGAUUAUGUCACAAACGUAGAUCACUACAAUUGGGUUAAAUGUUGAUUUAACUUUCCAGUUCAUUUGUUCAGCACUUUCUAGACAAUCUUAAUUGAUUUGUGUUUAAAAUAGCAAAACAUGUCAAGAAUUGAAAGUAACACCUUCCAAACUUCACACCGAGCUCCUACCCAACAAACUAAAACCUAAAGGCUGUUGCCUCAUGAAUCUGAAAUAAAAUUAAAAAAUAGACUUAAUUUCAUCGAAAUACAGCAAACUGUAUCACAUGCCGCCCCAUGUAACACAAAAACAAUAUUUAUAGAACAUAAAUAUGGUGAGAAGAAAAAAGACCUAAUUUCACAUUUCAAAUCUCAUAAAUAAAGCAAAAUGCACAAACGUAACAGAGGUUAAACUAUGAGACAUAAUUAUGCAAAAUAUAUAAUUUAUUAUAUCGAUGAGAAAGUGAUGCGUCUGUGGGUAUUUAUUAUAUAGCUGGUAACUUUUGUCAGAGUAAUAAUACUACAGUCAUGCUGUUCACAGUAGUGUGCUUGAUUCGCAGCUAGUAAUAGCUAACUUUGACUGUCCUUCCCUCAGUGAGAGCGUCCACUAUGUGGCGCUGUAAAGUUGUUGCAUGCUUCUUACGUGCUUUUAAAAACGGAUUAGAAGUUUUAGUGUUUGAUUGUAGUCACCAGCCAAAGUCUCACUGUACAUCUAAACACUAAAAACAAAGGCCAAACGAUUACAGUUGGCUAUCAGAAUUUGAAUAUGCUAGCAAAAUCUUUAAAAUAAAAAUGUAAAAAAUGAAGAAAAAAAAAAAAAAUCAUAAUCUGGUUUUUCCCUCAUUUUUUAAAGAGACAGAAAUUGUUCUGUGCGUAAACUUUGGUAUUCAAAGAAAAUUAAAACAAAAUCUCUAAAAACUGUUUCUGCCAAGCUUUUUUUUUUUUUAGCAUUAAGCAAAUAAAAAUAAUAUUGGUUAUUCAUCCUAACCUAAAACAGGAGAAUUUUGGCAUAAUUUAACUUCACACAGCGAGGGGGAAAAAAGGUGAAUGUGUUGUUUUAGUUUGUGGAUGUACAAAUCUAGUUUGUACAAAUAUACACAUUUUGUACUUAAAAAAUUAUAUAUCUUACUCAGUUGUACAUCUUCUUUGAAUGUGAGUAUGCUCUUUUGCUAAUAAUGGUGCAGUAUUAUUAUUUAUUUUUUUCUGGUCCUGUAAAUGUUCCCUUAUUGUACAGUAUCUAAUUGUUAUGUUUUUUUUUAUAUCUUUACGUUUGCGUUCAUCUAAAUCAUAGGUGUCAAACUCUGGCCCGCGGGCCAAAUUUGGCCCGCAGUGUAAUUAUAUUUGGCCCGUGAGGCAAUUUCAAAUUAAUAUUAGAGCCGGCCCGCCGGUAUUAUACGGUGGCAAUGCUGUGAUGCCCCAUUCACCGCCUAUACUACAAAUCCCAUAAUGCUCUGCUGUUUUUUUGGCCCGUCAAUCAGGACAGAGGCAGACACGCCUCCUCCUCUGUAUCAGUAGCACUUAUGGUAGCGGACAUGGAUGUAUAAGGAAGGUGAUGAUCCGUCUUCUUGUUCACUCCUUCGGUGAAAGCCCCGGCGCACCCCGGAUCCCCGUACCUCUCCCCCAAACCACACUGUGACCUCAAACUACAGCUGUCACUGUGUUACCCUACCAAAAAAUGGCAAAAGGAAAGACAGAUAAUAGAACUUUUCUGGACAGGUGGGAGACAGAACAUCUGUUUACAUAUGUAAAAGACAGACCUGUUUGUCUUGUUUGUGGAGCCGUGUCAGUAACUAAGGAGUACAAUAUUAGACGACACUAUGAAACGAAACACCAGGACAAAUAUAAGGACUUGGACACGGCUCAAAGGAGCCAGAAAGUAAAGGAGAUAAAAAGAGGUUUGGUUUCACAACAGAAAAUGUUCACAAAAGCCACAACACAAAGUGAAGCUGCCGUAAAGGCAAGUUAUAUCGUGGCAGAAGAAAUCGCCGAAUCAGCCCGACCCUUUAAUGAGGGAGAGUUUGUAAAAAAGUGCAUGAUGAAGGUUUGUGACCAAGUGUGCUCACAGAAAAAGCUAACUUUUGCAAACGCAAGCCUGAGCAGAAACACAAUAGCUGAGCGCACAUGUGAGCUUGCCACCAAUCUACAUGUCCAGUUGAUGGGGAAGGGAAAAGAUUUUGUUUCUUUUUCCCUUGCUGUGGAUGAGAGCACUGACGCGUCUGAUACUGCGCAGCUGUCAGUCUUCGUCUGUGGCGUGGACUCAAAUCUGUGUGUUACAGAGGAGCUUUUGGGAUUUAAAGCCAUGCAUGGCACAACCACAGGGAAAGAAAUCUUUGAGGAGGUUUGCAAAUGUGUAGCUGAAAUAAACCUGCCGUGGGAUAAACUUGUGGGAUUAACCACUGAUGGUGCGCCAGCGAUGAGUGGUAAAAAGAAUGGACUGGUGGGCAGGAUUCGUGAAAAGAUGCGAGAAGAGAACUGUGCAGGUGAACUAUCUGUUCAUCAAUGCAUCUUACAUCAGGAAUCCCUGUGUGGUAAAGCGCUAAAGAUGGAGGAUGUUAUGACCACAGUAACACAAGUUGUUAACUUCAUAAGAGCCAAAGGUCUCAAUCACCACCAGUUUAAGUCUUUUCUGGAAGAGUGUGGUUCAGAAUACAAAGAUGUGCCGUAUGACACAGAGGUGAGAUUGUUAAGCCGCGGAAAAGUGCUCAACAGAUUUUUCGAACUGCAUGAAGAAAUAUGUCAGUUUCUGGAAAGCAAAGGGAAGGACACAGCAGAGCUCCGGGAGCAAAAGUUUCUGUGUGACAUCUCAAGCCACCUCGAUGAGCUGAACAUGCAGCUGCAACGGCGGGGACGCAUCAUCACAGAUAUGCAUGCGUCAGUGAGAGCUUUUAAAACUAAGAUGUGCCUGUGGGAGAAUCAGAUGCUACAAGCAAACUUUGGCCAUUUCCCCUGCUGCCAAACCAUAAAAACGCAGAUCUCUACCGCCGUGUGCGCACAGUUUGCUGAAAAACUCAGUGUGCUCGGCGCUGAGUUUAGCCGGCGAUUUGGCGACUUUGAUGUCCAGAAACUUAGAUUUGAACUGCUCAGUAAUCCCUUCUCAGUUGAUGUGGAAAAAGCAAAAAAACAACCUCCAGUGAACUCCAGUGUGAUGAAACGCUGAAGUCAAAGUUUGAUGCUGUUGGGGCCGCACAGUUUCCACAGUUCAUCCCUGACACGAUGCUUCAGCUCCGCACCGAAGUUGCUCAAUUGCUCUCCAUGUUUGGUAGCACUGAGCAAAUUUUCUCCUCAAUGAAGAUGAUGAAAACGUCUCACAGGAGACAUCUGACUGACUAACAACUUUGUUCGAUAAUGAAGGUUUCCUCAGCUCAAACUCUGAGCCCCGACAUUGAUGAACUGGCAUCCAAGAAAAGAUGCCAGGUAUCUGGCUUGGCUGCAUCAGAGUAGAUCAGUGUGUCGCAAAAUGAGCAAUAAAUAAGUUUUCUAUGCACCUUUUCUUGUUACUCCAAGGCCUGAAUGGUUUAUUCAUAGUUUAU